UUUAAAAUUUUCACGUUGAAGCGCGUGCGGUUGACGAUGGCUGACGAGAUUCUAGUAGAUCCCAGAGUCGCGGCACUUUUCGAAGACUCGGGGGAUGAAGGAAGCUUUGAUGGAUUCGAUGACCAAGACAGGGAUAGGUUAAAUUUAAGUAAUGAUUCGGAUUUAGAUUUAGAUGGUUUAGAGGCUGAAGACGAUGACACAGAUGCUGAAGAAGAAGAAGCUCGCUGGACUGACCAGCUCGACGAUAUCCAAGUUCCCCAGUUCCACGCCUCUACAGGCAUUAAUGUAGUAUUAAAUAAUCCUAAUGAACUAGAUGCUUUUUUAGCUUUCAUCGGUAAUGAUUUAUGGGAUAAAAUAGUCGAGGAAAGUAAUCGUUAUGCGCACCAACAGUUAGGUGAUCGAUUUGAAAGUUUUCGUGCCAUAACGCGUGCAGAAAUGAAGGCAUUCAUCGGAAUAAUUAUAAUUAUGGGUAUUGUUAAGCUUCCACAGUAUGCUUUUUUCUGGUCAACCGAUGAAUUUCUAGGAAAUCCAGGCAUUAAGAAGGUAAUGGCUAAGAAUAGGUUUGAGGAAUUAAGUUGCUAUUUACGUUUUAACGAUUCAAGUAAGGAGCCCGCUAGGGGCGAUAGAGAUUACGAUCGCCUUUUCAAAGUUCGACCCGUUUUAGAUUAUGUUCGCAAUAAAUGCGGGGAAAAUUUUCUGCCCAGUAAGAAUAUUUCCGUAGAUGAGGGUAUGAUUGGGUUCCGGGGGAGGUUAUCUUUUAGACAGUAUAUGCCAGCUAAGCCCACUAAGUAUGGUAUUAAAGUUUGGAUGGCCGCCGAUUCUAGUAAUGGCUACGUACUAAAUUUUGAUGUUUACUUAGGUAAAGAACCAAACCAGCGGCCAAGAAUUUACGGCUUGGGGUACGACGUGGUGACUAGUAUGAUUAGGCCCUAUAUGAAUAAGAACCACCACGUUUUUUUUGACAACUUUUUCAGCUCAGUUAAGUUAUUAGAACAUUUAGCAAGUAAUGAUACUUAUGCUUGUGCCACCGUAAGAUGUAGUCGUAAGGACUUGCCUCCCUGUGCCAAAGAUAAGUUGCGUCCCGGGCAGAAAUUGGUUCGCCAAAAGGGUAAUGUAGUUUUCACCAAGUGGCACGAUAAGAGAGACGUUAGCGUAAUUUCUUCUAACCUUAGUCCUCUAGCCGUAGAUGUAGUGGUAAAUAGGCGUAAUCAGCAGGUUUCGAAGCCUGCUGUAGUAGAUCUUUACAAUAAGCACAUGGGAGGCGUAGAUCUUGCAGAUCAGUUGCGUAACUAUUACUCGAUGGGUCGUUCUUCUUCUAAGUGGUAUAGGUAUUUAUUUUGGUUUUUAUUUGAUAUUUCAAUUUGCAAUUCUUUCAUUCUAUACAACCACUAUAGGGGAGAACAUGGGGAGGGUAAAGUUAAACAGGUUAAUUUUAGGAUGAAUCUCGCUAAGCAGUUGAUCGGGGGGUUUUCUUCUACAGUUUCCGUAGGUAAUUCAGUUAAACGCCGUAAGAUUGAGAAUUUGUCUCGAGAGCUUGGAAACGUAGGAUCUCAUUUCAUAGUUAAGAUUGAAGGUAGGAAGAAGGUUUGCGUUUAUUGCAGCAAGUCAGGUAUUAAGACAAAGUCGGGUCGAUCAGUAGAGACCACUUUUCAGUGUUUACAAUGCAGCGUAGCUCUUUGUAAGACUUGCUUUCACGAUUUCCAUAGUUAAAUAGUUCUUGAACCUUCCUUCAUGUCCCAAGUCAUUUUCCACCGGAUUAGUGCCCGACGAGAAGAGAAAACAAACAACCACGAGAGGAUAAGUAUAAUUAAGUAUUUGGUUCUUGUUUUGGCCUUUUUUAUCCUGGAUUGGCUGUUUGAUUGGUUCCGAUUUUGCCUUGAUCUUUUUAUGGCUUUCAUAUUUAUUGCGGAGCGUACUUUAAAUUUUCGCUAAAUUUUCGUGUCGCUGCGAGUUUGGAUUAUUUUUUUUUCGCUUUGGCAAUUCAAUUGGUUUGGUCUCCAUUGGCAGAUGUUUUACUAAGUUUGGCUGCUGAAUUUUAAUUCAAUAAAUCUUGAUUGGAAACCCGA